AGCAAGAUUUCAUUGCAUUUAUCACUGUCUGCUCAUUUUGUAAUAAAGUCCUGGUUUGCUGCAGGUCUGUGGGUCAGAAGUGGUGCUGGAUACAUUAAAAAAGAGGGCACUCAGAUGACCUGGAGUUUUGUGGCUCCAAAUUUAGGAUACUGGCUUGCAGCAUUUCCCUCAACCUCAGGAGCAGGCCUGAACACCUCUGGUCUAAGGGACAUCACUACCUACCACACUAUUUUCCUGCUAGCGAUUCUGGGUGCCAUGGCCCUGCUAGUGCUUAUUCUGCUGUGUUUGCUACUGUACUACUGCAGGAGGCGGUGUCUAAAACCUAGGCAGCAUCGCCGUAAAAUGUACCUCUCAUCCACUCUUGAAAGCUCAAAGAGAGACCAGGGGACAUCCACUUCCCAGCUAAAUCUCAUCAGCGGUGGACACAUGGAGACGGCCUCAUCGGCUGCCGACCAUGAUGGCAUCAGAUCUGACCUUUCCUCCAACCGUGAUCUCCACAGCUCUCGAGAGGACUUCUUUAGACAUGGCCCUAUCCAGAGACCACGCAACUCUAGGAUGAAUGCUGACACAAAGCAAGGAGAGAGCUACCCAUUGAAGACCACUCACUCCUCAAAGACAGGAACUCGAGACCCACUCCUGCAGGAAGACUUUAGCAAAGGUUACAGCUCUGCGGAGGACUCUGAUGAGCGCAGAUACCAUCAUCACAAUGCUAAAGACAACCAAGGCUAUUCAUCAGACCCACCAUCACCACCUCCACUUUUGCCACCAUUUACUGGCCACUAUCAGGAUCACAGUCGGGACAGCAAGCCACCAGAGUAUUAUGCAUCGGCAGGGGAUCCCCUCAGUCGGCCCAGUUCCGUAAACACCCAGCCUGGCCAGCUGAUCUUCUGUCACUCCAUGGAGCAGAUGAAGGAGAGCAUGUACCACAGCAUGGUGCCCACGCUGGUCAUCCCUGCACAUUAUAUGCAUCUGUCCUCUGACCUUUCAGCGGUGGAGCAGGCAAUGGAAAGGCAGCAACAGUUGCAGCAUGAUAUGGAGGGCAUCCAGGUUAGCAUGACGCUGCCACGGCAACAGAGUCAACACCAAAAUCAACAACAACAACAACAGCAGCAGCAGACCAAACAAGAAAAGGAAGAUGAAGAUUCUGGCCAGAAAGCAGAGGGGCCUUCAGAGGAGAACUGGGGAUCGGAUCAAUCCACUGCCCCCGUCCGUAUUCCUGUGCUUUUCAAUGACUCCACCAUUGCGCAAAUGAAUGGAGAGCUGCAAGCGAUGACGGAGAAGAAGCUGCUGGAGCUCGGAGUGAAGCCACACCCUCGUGCCUGGUUCGUUUCCCUUGACGGCCGUUCAAACUCUCUUGUUAGACACUCCUACAUUGAGCUAAGCAAUGAAGCCUUGCGUGCACCCGUGGGCCCCAGCAGUCUAUCCCAGGACCACCGUUCUGAAGCACUCCCCGUGAGAUCAGCGAGAUCUACUCAUAGGAAAGUAAAAGACGAGGGCAAAGCGAAGGACGGAGGUGAAAGAAAAGCUCAUGGAAAGAUUUAUUCCAAGCUUCCCGUUAUCGAAACGCCAGACUCGAGCAGCGAGAGCCAUCCAGCCAUGUACUCACCUGAGGAGAACUCCACAGCACCACUGCUUGACGAGACCUCUGAAUCCAGAGGAGGGACGUUCCCUCGUAAAAAACGCAGUCGGGAGAACAGCACCCGCAGUAGUGCCAGCGAGGUCCACAGAGAUUCUGUCACCAGUCCUGAUGAAGACAAUGAAGCUGACGACAAAGAUGACGAUGGAGAGAAUAAGAAGAGCCCCUGGCAAAAGCGUGAAGAAAGGCCCCUCAUGGUGUUCAAUGCCAAGUAACUCGCAUGCUGUCCAGGACCGGUCAUGGCAACAUCUUGGCUAUACCUUAGAAGCUUACUAGCAAUUAAGAAGCAGCAUUGGAAAAGAUUCAGAUGAAAAGCACAAUAAGAGACAUGGCACUUACCUAAGUGAUAGGAAUCUGUUCCAACCAUCGCUUUUCUUAAUGACACCCAUUUUUUGUAAGAAUGACCAUGAGCCAUUUUAAACUUUGGGAAGCAAUCCGUAAGCCUUAAAGAGCUUUUACUUUUCAAAAGAGAUAUAAAUAAAAAUGAAUAUUCAAUGUGAUAUAGGUGAAAAAAGAGCGAUUGAAAGAUUUUAUCAGUCUAGAAUGACUUUUAUUGUAGUGGUUUACUCAAAUAUUUCAUUUGUUUAUAUUACUAUGUAGAGCUGAACCAUUAAGAUGUGUGGAGGUUGUAGAUUUCUCAACAGAAGUGAAAUGUUUGCUGAAUAAAUGUGUGUGUGUUUAGUCCAAUUUGACUUAUCAAAUCGUGGUUGACACAUAAUGACACUGUAUUUUGUACCACUGGUAAAAGUUCCCCUUUUGUACUUAUCUAAAACCAGUGUUGCCAGGUUUUGUAUAUGUUUUAAGGAGACUGUUUGGGUUAGGAAAGCUGCUGUUUGAUAUGAAUAAAAGGUUCUGCUCGUAUACUGUACAGAACUCAUUUUGUACUCUGAAUAAGCCUUUCCUGUUGGUUCAGUGCAGCAGUAGGAAUUGUGUUUUGAGGGACUUACCUUGGACACCUGUGAAAAUGUUUUCACAAUAAUCUUUGCUGCAGUGCAUUGGAAUUUUUGCCAUGAAUCAGAACCACUACAACUCUGCUCUGUUAACUGUUGGAAGUACAAUUCUAAACCUUUUUCUUUUAUGGACUUUUUGUGUGUGACUGAAGAUAAAGAUUGUGCUUAAAAUGGAUGUGCAUGGAUGAAUUUACACAAAAAUAUUGUACCAAGUAUUUUUUUAAAAACAAGUAUUGCUUACUAAACUCUGUUAACCACUUAUUUGUAAAUAACAACUUAGUAAAUUUACACUCUCA